CUGUUGUCGUUCAGCACGCGUUCGACCGACAAACCGGUAUUCAGAGGCAAGGUUAAACAAUCAACGUCGGCUCAGCAGGAUCAAAGUCCAGUCAGUUGAACGAAAUACUACACACAAUGUUGGCGCUUCGCAAUUUUAACCCGCGAUUAGUACACCAACUGGGCACAUCUCUUAUCAAGCGACGGCGUCGAACAUGGCCCGCUUCUUGUACUGCGGGAAGGCCUUAUCAGGUGGUUGCCACCUGCAGUAGUCAACCCUUCCGUGGGAUUCAUUCACAGCAAGUGUUACGAAAAACAGUCAGUGUCAGUGAUGUGCAAAACCAACCGGCAGAAUCGAACCAAAUUCCACUGAUAAGCUCGGCCUCACUAGAAUGUGUUGAUGCCGGAGAUAAGCAGCAGCAGUUUCAAUGUCUGGUGGUUGAACUCACCGAUGGUCGGCGGUACGAGUUCCCCCCGGUGUGGUUGCGCGAUAAUUGCCAGUGUUUGGAUUGUUUUCAUCCGAAGUCCUACAGUCGUGUCUUGAACUGGGAAUCAUUCGACGUGGAUGGCGUACAACUGAGCGAGUGUGUGGUCACUGAAGAUCGAAAUGAGUUGGAGCUGAUUUGGAGUGAUGGACAUCGAUCGCGGUUCAGUAGCGGAUGGUUGGUUGAAAGGAAUUUUACCGAAGACAGUAGACGGCGAUAUCUGAACGAAUGGUACAGACCACGGCCAAGGCUGUGGGCCAAGCGAGAGUUUGGUGAAAUUUUGAAAAAGUUUGAGUUUGGGGAUGUGAUCGAUUCAGACGAAGCACUGCAAGGAUGGAUCGAAGCGCUGAUUCGGUACGGUGUGGUGAUGAUUAAAAAUGCUCCCCUCCAAGAGACGGUAUGCCGACGGUUGGCUGACCGGGUUGGAUUUAUUCGGAAAACUCACUACGGUGAGGAAUUCAUCGUUAAGGCUAAGGAGGGUACAAGUAAUGUAGCUUACCUAUCCACGCCUUUGCAGAUGCAUACGGAUUUGCCCUAUUACGAUUACAAACCGGGUUGCAAUUUACUGCACUGUCUAGUUCAAUCACGAUCUAUUGGGGGACAGAAUCUGAUCGCCGAUGCUUUUUAUGUAGCCGAUCGUAUUCGGAUGGAAUAUCCGGAGGAGUUCAAACUGUUGAGUGAAACUUUAGUGAACUGGACUGAUGUUGGCGAGGAUGAAGGUGGACAAUUUCACAGCAUCUAUCGAGCACCAGUUAUUUGCAUUGGUCGGGACGGUAAUUUGGAACGAAUCAAUCACAGUGUUCCGCAGAGAGAUAGUUUCUUUAACGUUCCACUGGCCAGUGUGGAGCCAUGGUAUCGAGCGAUGGCACGAUUCGUACGGCUUAUUCAUCAGGAAGCGGUUGAAUUUAAAACUGAACCCGGAGAUAUUUUGACUUUCAGUAACAUAAGAAUGGUUCAUGGAAGGACAGGUUAUGAGGAUACAGAUGAUAACACUCGGCACAUCAUCGGAGCUUAUCUCGAUUGGGAUGAAAUUUACUCAAAACUGCGUGUGCUGAAGCGCAGUUUAAAAGAUUUCUAGCCUGGCUGACUAAUGUGUGCCAUGGUUGAAUGCAAUUCUAUUAAGAGUGUAAAUAUAUCAAAUUUUUGUAUCAAUUUGACGUGAAUAAAAAAUAU